GCGGUCUUGGAAUCGCCAGUCGUGCGCCAUCUACCCAGCGCACACGAUCGCGUCGCCUGGUUUCAAAAAAAACACGCUCGACAUCGCGUCGCGCUCGGCAUUCCAACAAAAUUCAGUUUUUGUCAGUUCUUUACGCGAAAAAAACUCGGGAUUUGUUUAUAAAAAACACACACAUUUAUUUUUGUAGAUAUAUUUAAAUCAGUCUGAAAUUUGGUCUCGUCGUUGUGAGUGUCGUAUUAAUUUUAGUGUGUAAUUGAUUACAGUGUUUUGGUGAUGUAAAAAGGUGGAUUAUGUAAAUACUACUGGGAUUUAUAGGAAGAAUAAUUACAAACUAUGUGCGACAACAACUGUAUCAUCGAGGGAACUGUUAAAUUUCGUGAUGGAAAAAAGUGGAAAUCGAGAUGGUGUGUCAUGCGGAAACUGUCACCAGUUGCAGACUGCCUCCAUCUUCAGCUGUACAGAGACUCCAAAGACCGCUACAAACAAGGCCAAACCAAAGCUUCCCUGUCGCUUCAACAUUUCCUGGGGCUGGAGAGUGGGUUCACCCUGGAUAAAGAAUCGCAUACUGUAGCUAUAGUAUGUCAGGACGUGGUGGUGGUGCUGGCAUUCGACAAUCGCGAGAGGCUCAUGCAAUGGCAGAUCAAGCUGAGCACUCACCUCAACGACGGGCCUCAUUUUUUAGUCUUAGUAUCCAGUUCUCCAUUGAAAACAAAACUUCCACCAGGUCCAGCCAGAUUACACGUCCAAGAACGUAGUUUCUGUAUUACCACGGGUGUGCCACCUCGCGUCGCUGGCCAAUGGCAGAUAGCGGACUUGAGAAGGUACGGCGUGGUGGACGGAAGGUUUUGCUUCGAAGGUGGAUCAAGGUGCCUCAAGGGUGAGGGAUUGUAUAUAUUAAUAGCGGAUCAGGGUGAAGAGAUCAUGGCAGCACUACAAGCUGCGGCAACAGGGAACCUACACGCUUCCAGAAAAAGGCCAGUGUCGAGGAAUAUGUCAGUAAUGGAUAGUCCUGCUAGAAGACCAGCAAUACGAACGAAUGAACUACGAGAGAGUGAAGCAAGUCUGACAUCCCGAGCGGACUCGCCCUAUACAGAUUUAGAAAGCAAUUACGGCUGUGGCGAUAGCAUCUCUAACGACGGAUGGAACCAACCUUCAAUAGAGAGAUGCAUGAGUUGUAUAAGUAAAUUAGGUGCUAUGUCUAGAUCGUCGACCGCUACGGUGACAGUAGGUCCCACGAUGGGUCCACCAUGUUGGGAGCACACCUGCGACCGUCACUCCAUCAGCAGCUCCAGUGAUAGCUCGGGAUGGAGCCAAGCCGUCACCAGACCUCCACAGAGACCUCCUAAACCAGCCUCUAGUUCCCCCUCGCCAAAGAAACCCAUAGCUCCGUCACCAUGUUACGAUAAUUACGAUAUUCCAAAGAUACCUUUCCCAGUGGAACCGUCGCAAUCGGAACACUACGAUACCCCGCGAAAACUGAAAGAGUGUAUCGGUUUCGAGACUGUACAGAAACCGUGCGGCUGUAUCCUGAGAAUCCGACAGCCCGAGCCGGAGAGGCCGUGCGUCUGUCAACGCCUGAUGAGCUGCUGGUCAGCGCCCGAAGAUUCAGUUCACGCCGUCUACGCCACUGUCGAUUACAGUAAGAAAACUUAUCGCUGCCAUCCAAAUCCUGGAACCACGAACUACGCCAACCUAACCCCGGUGAGCGUUUCUAACGCUAACAACACGUCUACAACGAAUCAAACGUCGAAAGAUAGUAAUUACGAAAACAUGGAAUUUGCUCAAACACUUCAGCUAUACGAAAACAGUAAAGAGAUAUCGGAAAAGGCCCGAACGCUGUGCCAGAAAUGCGGACACGCUCAAAGCGACUAUCUGCUCAUGGAACCGUCUAAAGCCGCUAGUCAACCACAUCCAGGUCAACUGAAGCAUUGUUUCAGGUAUAUCCCGAUGUCUCCAGCGGUGAAACAGCGUCUCAGCAAAGUCCUGUCGAACAGCAAUCCGAACCUGGGUCCGGUAUUGGACAGGUCCAGCAAACCGGCUCCUGGGUCAGCCAUGUUGCACGCGGGCGACGUGUACCAGAGGAAGCAGAUCAUGGACAACGCGGAUGAUUUGGACAGUGCAAGAAGAAAGAGGUCAAAUAGUGCGGAUUCUAGUACUAGUAGGGUGGAACCUGAACCCGAACCAGAUGUGGCAUCGCCUUGUAAAUGCGCUGUUCAGACCACACAAGCUGCUCAGUUGGUGAGACGUUCGUCCAGUGUUCCUUGCAAAUCGAAUCGAGAUUCAUCAAGUUCCAACGAUUCCGGUGUCUUCGAACUACCUCGACGUCCUCAGUUCUCUGCCAACGUUACCCUGCCCAGAAGAUCGAAAAGUUCGGAUCCUUUGCGAGACCUAAGUUUCCAAUUCAACAAAGCAGCCGAAGGAAAAUCGGCCAGUGCCGAAGCUGAAGUACCAGUGUGUCCAAACGGCAGUACGAGCAGCGGUACCUCGGACAUGUCCGACUACUUCGAAACGCUGUCCCUGUCCUCGCACAGUUCCAGCGUGGAACCACCGCCGCCAUCUUGUACCCUGCGACCUCGGUCGGGGAACGAGUACUUGAGCAUGCAACGACUUAUAGCGCCAGUGCCUGAAGAGCACCAUUAGAAGAUAUAAAAAUAAAAGAAACUAGUCAUACUAAAGAAAGAAAACAGAAAAAUAGCAAGCAAUAAUGGAUACCAUUAUUUUUAAAUUCGAUUAGAAUAUUUUAAUUUUGUAUAAUGUAGAUAAAGCAACAAUACGAUUUAACGAAAACCUUUUUAAAUGUCUUGGCAGCUCAGUAAAAUAUUGUAAAAUGUAGAUAAAAGUAUACUAUAAACUCUAAACAAUAAUUAUUCUAUAAAGUUGUUUUUCUUACUUUGACAUAUCAAUUUAGUUUAGGAAAAAUUAUCUGUAUAUUAUACUUAGUUUUGUGUUGAUUUGGUAAGAAGAAUGAUUUUAUUACAACAACUUGCUUUUUCUACAUUCCCCAUAGGUGUGAAGUACCGUAAAAUGGAAUAAAAAUGACGUCAUAUUAGACGGAGAAAUGACAUUUCAGUUCGUAGUUUACUAUUAUUGAUUUUCUUUGUCUAUUUUUUUUUGUCGCUAUCCACAACUUCAUGGGUAGAGAUAGUAAAUCUUGUACAAAAUAGUCAAUUCUACGCCUACUACGACAUCGAUUUUAUUCCAUCACGCUGUAUCAAAU